AUGACGAGCUCAUCACCCAAACCUAAUCUUUGCGAGAAAUGCCAGGGUGAGAUUACGUACACUGGGCCACCACAGCGCAAGCGGAAGAUUGAAUAUACCGCCGCCGCACCUGAACCAGACAAAGACCGUUUAGCUCGGAGAGCAGAUGAUGGAUCUUCUGACUAUGAAAUACCGGAAUUCGAUGUUCCAAUUAAACCAUGGAACCUGUACAAAUUUGACGAGAACGAAACAGGUUACUUUCGUGACAUGGCUAACAUUUAUGCUAGAUUUGGACUCCACACCUACAAUGCCCGCAAGGGAACCAACUUCCAGUUGUCAAGAGUAGACAAAUAUAUUAGCCAUGGAGUUUUCACUUUUUCCUUAACCUUUGAGGCCACAGAUCCGGCGGACGGUUCUUGUUUCACUUUCCAGGCACGUGUUUUUAGAGAUAGCCCUGUUAUAGGAGCUUACUACAGAUUAUUGACCGAAGGUUGUAGGAUCAAACCUGGAAUCAUUCCAGGUACUAGAGAAACAAUACAUCGAUGGGACUGGGAUGCAAAAGUUUACGAAGACAUUCUACCUGAGUGGUAUUCCGAUGAUGCAUUGAACUUGCCAUCCAAUGACCAGUUUUAUCAAGUGCAAGAUUCAGACAUCCGUGAAAACGAUUGGCUUAAAUUGUAUGCUGAUCUUGCCAUGUACGCACUCAAGGAAAAAGACAUGUCCGGGUUCGAGUCUUGGCUGCCCCUUGAGAUCAAUAAGGUGGUUGUGCAGACUUUUGAAGAUGUAAAGUCAAAGGAAAAGCUCAAGGCCGGGAAUGCAAUCUUCUACUACAGUUUCAAGAACAUGAAUGCUCCUCCCCAUGCUCUGUGCGAAGAUCACAGAGUCAUCAUAAGAAGAACCACUACUGGGCUUCCAGGACAUGCUUGUCUUGACUUUAAAUCUUGCCCCGGUCGUAAUAGUUUCAAGGGAAAAGUUCCGUAUGAGACAUAUAUGUCUGCUAGUUCUUAGUUAAUAAGACUACUUAGUAUCUAUAAGCUAUGUUGUCAUGACUGAAUAAUCAUCUCCUCUGUUUUUUCUUUUGUUUCAGUGUAAUCCAGUACUUAAUAACUAGUCCGUUAUGUCUUUUAAGUUUGUUAUCUGGUUUUCCUCAGUUUUGUGUUUUUAUGUACAAAAAACGUUGAAUAAUUCAUUUUGAUUGUUG